UUUCACCAAAGGAAAGAUAAUCUUUCUUUCGCGCAGUGUAACUCAAGUUUGUUAGUUUGUUUAGUAAACAACUUUUUUUUUGUAUGUUCAUUCGAGUGCUCAAUUGAAGCAAAUAAUUGUCCCAACCCACUGGCAGCAAAAAAACACACAACUUAUACGAACGCUUUGUAUUUAUUUAGCUUACUUUUUUAUUGUGCUGUGUGUGUUCACUUCACCCUAUGAGUGGAUCUCAGUGUCUUUACAUGUACCAAGUUUAGUGUCACCUAUGAAGCAAGAUAAAUCUAUUUGUUUGUGUUUAGUCUUCAAACAAGCAUCACCAUGAUUUCAACUUGUAAAUUGGACCCAAAUUACAAGACAACUUUUUUAUCGUUACUAUUUAUUUUGUCACAAUUGAUUGUAACAAGCAAAGCAUCUUCAAGCAUCAAGGAUAAAGGAGGAGGCAAUGAAGAUGGCGACGAUUUCCUGAAAAUCAUUAGAAAACAAGAUUCUUCUUUAAUCAAUUCUUUCAACGAUAAUCCAUUUCAUCUGUACAUUCCUUCAUACAAGAUCUCAUCAUCUUUAAAAUCAAAUAUUCAUUCCAAUCAAUCACAACAGUUAACCUCACCAACAUCAGUUUUUGAGCCAACAGUUUAUCAUCUUGUAGUAAAUCUAAAUCAGCGCAACCUGGAUAAUCGAUUCUUAAACCUGGUUGGUCCUUUAAGUUCUCAUAUUUCCCAAUCCAUUUGUGUUCAAGUUGGUCAAAGUCUUCCAGUUGAUAUUGGAUUGUGUGAUGAUCAUCAAGUUGAUUAUCCUAAACCAGAUCUUAAUCAAUGUGAUGAUGUCAAAUGUCCGCCCAGCUGGAUAAUCGAAAAUUGGAGUCAAUGUAGCGUUACUUGCGGUACAGGAUAUCAAUAUCGAUCUAUCUUCUGUAUACAAAAAAAGACAAACCAUUCUCUAGUUCAAACGCCUGAUUAUCUCUGUCCAUCGCCUGAACCCCCAAAAGAGCGUCUUUGUAACAUUAAUCCGUGUCCUGAAUGGUUUGUUGAGCCUUGGAGUAAAUGUUCAGUUACUUGUGGUAAUGGCCAUCAAUAUCGUAAAGUGACCUGCCGUGAGGUCACUGGUGAGAUCAGUGACCAAUGUAAUAAUUCAACUAAGCCAAAAACCAAAAGGUCUUGUGCUUUACCAGCAUGUUCAAGAGCUACACUGAAAACAGACUCCUUGGACAACAAUGUUGAUGAGAAUAACUUACAUUCAGUUGGUAACCGUUUGGGUGAUGAUGAUGAUGGCCUAAUGACUUACCGAUUAACUGCCAGUAAAUUAUCCACACAUGAGACUAAUAGUGAUCCUGGUAAUGGUUACAAAUCAUCGACAACAUCUACAUCAAUUUCACCCUGGGAUAAAGAUUCAUCACAACCAAAAUUUUUUCCUGAAGAAUGGGGAUCUUGCACAGGAAUUUGUGGAACCGGAAUUCGACAGCGAAAAGUCCAUUGUAAAAUAAUGAUGGAUUUUUCAAAAAUUUUGUCCAUUGUUCCAGACGAUGAAUGUAUUGGAGACAAACCAGUUGAAACAGAGGAAUGUAAGCUUCUUCCUUGUCCUGAUUCAGAUGGAAUCGAGAAUGAUAAUUUGGAUUCUGCAAAAGCUGGGAUAAGCGAAGCUCUUAUAUCAUCAUUAUCAUCACCUUCUACAUCAUCUAAAUUUGGUUCCUAUUCUUGGAAAACAUUUGGCUUCACUGAAUGCAGUGCCUCUUGUCUUGGAGGAACUCAAGAAGAGGUAAUUGAAUGUGUCCGUGAUUAUGAUCAAAUGGUGGUACAACCUUAUUUAUGUAACAUAGAUGAUAAACCAGAUUCAAUCACGAAAACUUGUAAUGACCAUCCAUGUCCACCAAGAUGGAAUAUAUCUGACUUUGGACCUUGUUCUAAACCAUGUGGAGUUGGAAUUCAAACUCGUGAGGUUAACUGUAUUCAUGAAGUUACUCGAGGAUCUGAAAAUACAUUGAUUGUCCCUGAUGAUAGAUGUAAUGAGCCUAAACCAAUUGAAGAACGGGUUUGCAAUGAAGCUGAAUGUCCCAAGUUGGUUGAACAAACCAUUGAUAAACCUGAUAGAUGGUCUUAUGAUAAAUGUAAGGGUAAACAUUGUCCAGCUGAGGUAAAACCUAUUAAAAGUGGUCGCAAGUGUAAAAAGGAUUCUCGUAAUGGGUCAAGUUUAUCUUCAGGUACAGGAAAGUGCAAUAAGAAAAAGUCAGCCAAUUGUAAAUCUGGUAAAUGUAAAUCACAAUCUGGAGCUGAUGAAAAUAAUAACGUUGAUCAUGUCUAUGGAAAACCAUUUAUUCAAACUCUAUCCGAUAAAAAGGUUUCACUUAAGGUUGGUGGAACUGCUGUAAUUUAUGAAGGAACCACUCUUAAAGUUAGAUGUCCAAGGCGUAAAGAUUCAAGUGGAAUGUUACCUGAAAUAUAUUGGACUAAAAAUGAUUUACCAAUUGAUUUGGAUAAUGAUGAUGACAGAGUUAGUAUAACUCGCCUUGGUGCUCUCAAAAUUCACAAAAUUAAACUUUCCGAUGCAGGAAAUUAUGCCUGUUCUCAUGGAUCAACCAAAUUAUCUAUGACCGUUCAAGUGAUAACUCCAAAAUUAACAUCUACAACGAGUCCAGUUGAUGGAGAAUCAUUCCAAUAUGCAACAAUUAAUAAAGAUGAAAUUAAUAAAGUUGAUGAGGAUAACAUUUUGACUGGUAAAAUUAAACCUGAACCCCCUUACGAAGUAACCCAGGAAAUGGAAAAAUCUAGUCUUCACAAGUUAUCUUCUUACUUUAAGAAUAGAGCCAAUAACAAUAAUAACCAACGAUCAAAUGGUCAAGAUGCAGAUAAAGUUGAUUUAGAUGGUGGAUCUAAUUUUAUCGAACCAAGAGGAAUCUAUUUUGCUGAUCAACAAUCAAAUUAUCUGUCAAAUAAUAACAUAAAAGAAACAGAAGCUAGAUCAAGAAAAGCUAGAAAACCCUCUUCUGAUGAACCUUUGAAUUCAUGGGAUUCUUCCACUGUUAGACCGUCAUCAAUCCAAUCGAGUGCCUUUGAAUCGCGUACUUUAUUAAAAAAGUUUCUAUCUCCUGGUAACUCAUCAUUCAAUGAAGACACAAUUUAUGGUAGUACAAGCUUUAGACCCGAUGAUGAUAAUUCCCAAUCAACUGAACUGGCUGAAGGUAAACUUGAGUGGUUUGUAAGCUCAUGGUCAAAUUGCUCUCAACCUUGUGGUGGUUUAGGUGUUCAGAUUCGAGCCAGAAAGUGUUUAAUUAAAUUUAAGGAUAGCUCCAAAGCAACUCAUGAUGAUCAUUGUAUUAAAAAGGGAUUAGACGAGCCAGAAAUCAUCAAAAGCUGUUAUUCGUCUUGUCCUAAGUGGAAAAUUGAACCAUGGGGAAAAUGUUCAAAUUGUGUUGAAUUUGAUGUUGCCAAACAAUCGCGUAGCGUUACCUGUGUAAGACAUGACCAAACCUUGCCAAACUCGGAAUGUGAUAAAAGCACGUACCCAGCAACUUCACAGACAUGUACCAAUAUUGAUUGUCGUCCAAUGUGGUCAACAGAAGAUUGGAAAAUGUGUUCUGGUGUCUGUGGCAAAAAUGGCACACAAACUCGAUCUGUUAAAUGUGUAUGGCUUUCUGAUCAAGUAUCGGAGGCUAAGGGUUGCGAUGAGUCUAAAAAACCUAUCACAGUUAGGAAGUGUAAUGUAAACUGUGAUAAUAAACAAUCUGAUUGUCAAAAUUCAUCUUUCCUAUGUCAAUAUGCCAAACCAGAUUCCUGUGCACAUCCAACUUUCAUGAUAUCCUGCUGUAAAUCAUGCCGUUAUUUUGAUUUUAUCAAAACAAAAUGAUCAAAGGAAACGUUAAUGUAUAUGAUUAAAUCAGAGCUGAUAAUGUUUUAAAUUUGGCUAGAUUUGUGGUUCCAGUGAAAAACUCAACUGAUCAUAAGCUGGAUAAAGCAUAAAUUAAAGCAAAGACAAAUGAUAACACCAAAGUGUUCAAUCAAGAUCGGCUUCAACAUUAACUCAAGUGAAUGUCUCCAAUUUGAAGUUCAACUUCCAACCAACCUGAUUAACUGAAUCAUCAGAAUAAACUUGAAAGUCAACAAUUUAUUUAAGAAAUACCUGCUUUUUUUAGUUAAAUUUUUCUGUUUUUAUUCGUUUUUUUUCAUUUGUAUUUUCUAUCAAUUCGAUGUAACAUCUAAUCAUUUUGAAGCACAAUUUCCAUGUCAAAUUUGCAUGUUUUUUGGGUUUUGCUAAGGUCAACUCUUAUACAAUCAAUUUACAAAUUAUCUCAAAGAUGAUAAAAUAAGUUUUUUUCCAUAGAUCACAUCAAUCGUCAUUAUAAACAUGAUUAUAGUUGGAAUCAAUAAUCAGCAUCAAGAAUACAAGAGUUACCAGAUUGAUGAAGGUGUUGAUGUGUGAUAAAAUGUUUUGUUUCCUGCCUUUCAUGAUUUCAAACAAUUAAGACAAACAUUUAGCUCAAUAAAAAAUUGAAUGGUCUCAUCUAAUUAAUCUUGAAUCGCUUGCUGGAUACUAAAUUUUCAUCAAACCAAAGUGUCAAUCAAACCACUUACAAUCAUCAAGUUUAUUAAAUUAAAAAGCCAUCAAAAAUCUUUUUCACAACAA